CCAGUGGCAGAAGAACUCCUCAGUAGAGGAGUAUUCACUCCUCUACCACUCUGCAUUGGAUCUCCACAACAUUUUGAACAAAAUUGGAAACAUGCAUUUACAAAUAUCUUUACUGCUGCUGUUUUGUCUGAACAUUGUCCAUGGUGGUGAUGGAUAUUUUUCUGAGCGGUAUCAGAAACAAUCCAGUAUCAAGGGGCCACAUUUUCUACCAUACAAUGUAAAGAGUCAAGGUGUGCAGCAGGUAAGGGGGGAACAAGGACCCCCUGGUCCCCCAGGCCCCGCUGGACCAAGAGGACAACCAGGUCCUGCAGGAAAGCCAGGGUUUGGAAGUCCGGGUCCCCAAGGCCCCCCUGGUCCCCCAGGACCACCUGGGUUCUCUGCAGUUGGAAAGCCCGGAGUGCCAGGUCUACCAGGAAAGCCAGGAGCAAGAGGACUAAAUGGGGAGAAAGGAGAACCUGGACCUGUUGGACUCCCAGGAGCAAGAGGGCCACAAGGGCCACCCGGCAGCCCCGGCCCCGCAGGACUGACUGUCCCUGGCAAGCCAGGACCACAAGGCCCACCAGGAGCUCAGGGGCCAAGGGGACCCCCUGGUGAGAAGGGAGAGCCAGGCAUCCCAGGUGUAAAUGGACAAAAGGGAGAAAAUGGAUUCGGAAUUCCAGGCCGCCCAGGUGGCAGGGGUCUUCCAGGCCCACAGGGACCCCGGGGCCCCCCUGGUCCUGCUGGGAUAGGGAAGCCUGGUGAAAACGGCCUGCCAGGUCAGCCAGGUCUGAAAGGUGACCGAGGUUUUCCAGGUGCACCUGGAGCAGUUGGUCUCCCAGGUCCCCAGGGUCUCCCAGGAGAACCUGGAGAAGUUGGCAUUGGCAAGCCUGGGCCAAUGGGACCACCAGGAGCAGCAGGUAUCCCUGGAGCCAAGGGACAUCCUGGACCUGCAGGGUUGCCCGGAUCUCCUGGACUCCCUGGUUUUGGAAAGCCAGGAUUACCAGGGAUGAAGGGACACAGAGGGCCUGAAGGUCCUCCUGGACUUCCAGGACCUAAAGGAGACCAAGGUCCCGCUGGUGUGCCAGGAGAACCAGGGCCGGUCGGGCCACCAGGUAACAUGGGCCCUCAUGGACUCAAAGGUUUGCCUGGUGAGAAUGGCCUACCUGGGCCCAAAGGUGACAUGGGGCCUGCCGGCCACCCGGGAUUCCCAGGGGCCAAGGGGGAACGAGGGCUACCAGGAUUAGAGGGAAAACCAGGAUACCCAGGUGAGCAGGGUCUUGCUGGUCCUAAGGGACACCCAGGUCUCCCCGGUCCAAAAGGUGAUACAGGCCCUGCUGGGCUACCUGGGCUGCCUGGUCCAAUGGGUCCACAAGGAGCCAAGGGAGUGCCAGGAACCAACGGCGAGCCAGGCCCCAGAGGGCCCUCAGGAAUACCUGGGAUCAGAGGUCCCAUUGGCCCCCCUGGCCUGCCAGGAGCCCCUGGUGCGAAGGGUGAGCCAGGAGCACCAGGACUGCCAGGCCCAGCAGGCAUUUCCGCAAAAGGCUUAAGUGGACCCAUGGGACCACCUGGACCCCCCGGGCCUAAAGGCAGCAACGGUGAGCCUGGCUUGCCCGGCCCUCCAGGUCCUCCUGGUCCCCCUGGCCAAGCUGUAAUCCCACAGAUGCCCGAAGGCUACGUUAAAGCGGGAGAGUCUCGGGAGCUAUCAGGGAUAUCUUUCAUAAAAGGAGGAGUAAACCAAGCUCUGACAGGGAUGCCAGUGUCUGCUUUCAGUGUCAUCCUCUCAAAAGCCUACCCUGCAGCAACAGUCCCCAUCAAAUUUGAUAAAAUCUUGUACAAUAGGCAGCAACACUAUGACCCCAGAACAGGAAUCUUCACUUGCAGGACCCCUGGACUGUACUAUUUCUCCUACCACGUACAUGCAAAAGGAACAAAUGUUUGGGUUGCACUCUACAAAAAUGGUUCCCCACUUAUGUACACCUAUGAUGAGUACAAGAAAGGAUACCUUGACCAGGCUUCUGGCAGUGCUGUCAUCGAUCUCAUGGAGAAUGACCAAGUAUGGCUCCAACUGCCCAACUCAGAAUCUAAUGGUCUCUACUCCUCUGACUAUGUUCACUCUUCUUUCUCAGGUUUCCUGUUUGCUCACAUCUAAUAUCCCACUCACCCUGUCCUGACACACUCUCCUUCAGACCUUUUUAACCAGGUACUGAUCUGACUCAUCCUUAGCAGGUCAUGCAACUUCAAUAUUGCAACAGGAAUGGAGGAGAGAGUGAGAAAGUGGAAGAGAGUGGUUCAAGCCUAGUAGAAUAAUAUUGUAUGUUUUUAGAGAAUUGUCAUAAAAAAUAUGUUUUGAAUGAUGAUUAAUUGUCUGACUGAAUGCAACAUAAAAAUUUUAUUAAUUAAUAUAA